AUGCUACUGUUGGUGGGUCUGGCUCUGGCCUUUGUGGUGUUCCUGUUCUCAGUGGCCCUGCUGGUGUUCUGCAGGAGGAGAUCUGUGCCCCCCCCAAAGGAUCGCUGUGAGCAAACAGAGUAUGAGAGCAUCAACGAGGAUGAGAGGGGGAAUCAACAGACAACUCCUCCAGUGCAGAUCUCCACUAUUUACAGCUGCACCUCCUUCACCAACCUGCAAGGAGCUGAUGACUACAGCCUCCUCUCAGCCCACAGCGCUCAGCCAGAAGCUGCAGCCGGCACACCUAAGACCAUCUACGCAGCGGUGGAUUUGUCCAGCAGGGGCUCCCGCCCCACGGUCAGCGCUCCUAGCGGGGAUCCAGACGUGGUGUACUCUGUUCCCCGGCUGGGCGGGGGUUCUGCGCCACGGCGUGCUUCCGAUGAGUGUCUGUACUCCAACGCUGCAGCCGGCACACCUAAGACCAUCUACGCAGCGGCUGCAGCCGGCACACCUAAGCCCAUCUACGCAGCAGUGGAUUUGUCCAGCAGGGGCUCCCGCCCCACGGUCAGCGCUCCUAGCGGGGACCCAGACGUGGUGUACUCUGUUCCCCGGCUGUGCGGGGGUUCUGCGCCGCGGCGCGCCUCCGAUGAGUGUCUGUACUCCAACGUGAGGCUGAUGUGCAGGCCCUCAGCUUCCACUUCUUCCAAAGCACAAAGCCUUCAGGUGUCCUCAGCAGCCGUCUCGGGCUCCUCCUGGUCUGAGAGCGGCUGCAGGUCCCAGCCUGGACCACAGAGAGCUGCCAGCCUCUCUCUGCAGGCAGCAAACAGCUCUUCUGCUCAUGGACUGGAGCUUUUCUAUGGACAGGUUGGAGGAGACGUCACCAUGGAGUGCAGCUUCUCCACAUCUGGAUGGGGGGAGGUGAAGUCAUUCUGCAGAGAAAACCGUGAUGGAGGAAACAAUCUCAUCCAGACAAACUCCAAAACAGCCGAAUGGGGACGAUACAGGAUCCAUUACAGUGAGCAGGUUCUGUCAGUGAGCAUCUCAGGUCUGACCCGGUCCGACUCAGGACGCUACCGCUGUGCUGUGGGCAGAUCUUCACACACAGAUGUGGAGCUGGUUGUAGCUGAGGACAUGCUGCUGUUGGUGGGUCUGGCUCUGGCCUUUGUGGUGUUCCUGUUCUCAGUGGCUCUGCUGGUGUUCUGCAGGAGGAGAUCUGUGACCCCCCCAAAGGAUCACUGUGAGCAAACAGAGUAUGAGAGCAUCAACGAGGAUGACAGAGGGAACCAACAGAAAACUCCUCCAGUGCAGAUCUCCACUAUUUACAGCUGCGCCUCCUUCACCAACCUGCAAGGAGCUGAUGACUACAGCCUGCUUUCAGCCCACAGCGCUCAGCCAGAAGCUGCAGCCGGCACACCCAAGACCAUCUACGCAGCGGUGGAUUUGUCCAGCAGGGGCCCUCACCCCACGGUCAGCGCUCCUAGCGGGGAUCCAGACGUGGUGUACUCUGUUCCCCGGCUGCGCGGGGGUUCUGCGCCGCGGCGCGCCUCCGAUGAGUGUCUGUACUCCAACGUGAGCUUGCUUUCCAGCUGGAUGUUCGGGAUUAACGGCGGAACACCUGAUACGGGGAUUCGCGUGGAUGGCACUGACAGCGGGGAAACCUUCACCAACAAGUCCCGGACAACCACCCCGGACACAGAGCCAUCCGGCGGGACUAUCCGCACCUCCUGCCUGAUAGACGGAGGAGGUAUCUCUGAGGACGCCAUGCCUCCUUAA